AUGGCUAAUUCACGAACCUUACUUGUCCUCGGAAUCAUCUGCAUCGCUCUCUGUAUAGCUGGCGCGAGCGCACAAGCGAAGCCGAAGCCCACCAAGGCGCAGCUCAAGGCGGAGCUGAAGAAGAUGGCGACCACCAUCACGAAACGUUACCCGCAAUAUGCGAAAUACGCCAAGGACAUCAACAAGUACAUCGGCCUUGCACUAAACUCCAAAUACGACUUCUCAGCCCUCGCCGACGCCACCAUCCUCCUUCCCAACAACACAGAAGCCCAAGCCCUCGCUAAAAAAAUCCCCGCUAAGAACAGCAACAUCCCUAUCAUCUACAACAUCACCGCGUACCACAUCAUCGCCAGAAAACUCACCGUUCCAAACAUGAGAGCUUUCAAGAAGGGCCAACCGCUUCGUACUCAAUUGAAGCAGCCUCUUUACAAGAGCUCGCUGCAAAACGCGAACGCCGUGUCGUUUGCUAUUGGUCCUAAAGCACCAGUUGCUGCGUGGACGACGAUCAAGAUCCCGAGGAUUUACGCUGGGCCGUACUUCAUUGCUCACGGCGUGGAUAAAAUUUUGAUUCCCGCGGGCACGAGAUUGCCCAAGUAG